CCCUCUCUUCGACACAGGCAACGUCAGCUAAUGUUUUGGAGUCCUCUGCUGGCUGCAACCUUAUACUGUCUAUGGCUGCAACCCAGCACUAAGUGUUUACCGGUAAAACAUGGACGUGACGGCCGCCCGCCGUUCGUUUCUGUGCGAUAUCGGUUUCUGGGCAGACCGGACUGCCCUGCAUGAAGCUGCGUCCCACGGCAGGGCCCUGCAGCUCAAACAGCUGAUAGAAAGUGGAGCAUCGGUCAACGUGGUGACGGUGGACAACAUCACUCCGCUCCAUGAAGCCUGCAUACAGGCUCAUCCAAACUGUGCCCGGCUGCUGCUGGAGGCUGGAGCCCAGGUGGAUGUACGGACCAUCCAUGGGAGCACUCCUCUGUGUAACGCCUGUGCUUCUGGCAGCCUGGAGUGUGUCAAGCUGCUUCUGGAGUACGGAGCCAAAGUUAACCCUUCUCUCACUGCGCUCACCGCCUCGCCGCUCCACGAGGCCUGCAUACAAGGUAAUGUUGAAGUAGUGAGGCUGAUGAUAGCCAGCGGUGCCCAGCUGGAGGCGUAUGACGUCCACUUUGGUCCCCCGCUCCACAUCGCAUGUGCUAAAGGACACGUGGACUGUGUCAAGGAGCUGCUUCAUGCAGGUCAGCAGGAAGGCUGCAGGUCAGAAAAGUGUGGUGCCAAUGUGAACUCAGUGAAGUUCCACGAGAUAGCUCUGCACCAUGCAGCACGAGUGGAAAUGGUGGACAUGAUCGAGCUGUUGAUGGAGUUCGGAGCCAACGUGUACGCCAGCGACAACCUGGACAGAAAGCCUGUAGACUACACAACACCUGCGUCUCCCGCUCACACCUGCCUCAGGUUUUAUGAAAGAAAUCCUCUGAGCCUGCAGCAGCUUUGUCGAAUCACUGUGAGGCUGAGGCUUGGUAUCAAAGCCUCGGAGGCCAUAGGCCAGCUGGACAUAUCCCACCGCAUCCACAGCUACCUCCAGUACUGUGAUCAUCCUGCAUCACUACAGAGGGACACGUGGACAGAUUCAUAAGCCUCAAUGAGAGACUGGUGUUUGAUUUCAGGUAUAAUAAAAAAAAGAAGCACUGUGGACAAUAUCUGCUAAUUGCAAAUAUAUCAGGUGGUCAAUCAGGAAUUAAGGUUCAUAGGGCCGUUCAAAUUAUCUCAUUUAAAUUGGCAGCAAAUAUAGGAAUUGUUUCUCAAAAUCAUUUGUCGUUUCUCAAAAUCAUUUGUGUAUACAAAAUGUUGCCAAAAUAAAGAAAUGAUUAUUCCCAAA